AACUGGAAAGAGUCGCAGAACGGGGGUUGGACAUGGGAGAGUAGGAAUGCGGUAACGAUGUUGCUGCAGACAUCACAUCACAUUCCAGACACACCCACACACAUCAGAAUAGUCGUCCAUCUGUUUUUUCGUGGUGGUAUCAACCAUUUCGAUCAAGGCUCUUCUCCGGAGGUUGCAUUUUAGGGUUUUUCGAUACUUUUGCUCCCUUGAGUUGGAGCGUCGUGGGGCAGAAUUCGUGUACCUUGCGGUUUUAUCGGGAUUCGUGUAUAAAUCACAACGUUAUUUCUUGAAGCUAAUGCAUUGCAGCCAGUUUGACACUCGACUGUGUUGUCAUGCGAUGUAAGCAAUCACACGAUCCGUUAGUUGUUGAUUGCUCGGGAAUCGUGCAUUCUUUAAAACACCCGGAAUCUGCAUGAAAAGGCUGGCCUCAACCCGCCUUCCGUUUCUUCGCUCCGCAUACCUCACGGAAAAUAGAGUUCACUCUAAUUUGUCAGACUCAAAGAUGAUGUGUAUUUUUCCCCUGCUACUGCUGGAGCCUAUUUAGGUUGGUUAGAUUAGAGUUAAAUACACCAACAGCACUAGUCACUUGGAAGCUACUGUAUUGAAGCAAGAGCAGGUCUCCAUCCUCCUUGAAGUCAAACGAGUUGAGGGGUGGAAGAACAUUAUAUAACAAGGCAGAACUCUUUUGUUGACGGGGUGCGUAGGCUUAUUCGAAUUGGUGUGAGGUCUGGUUAGGGUUGAUUAUGCAGACCAAUCAUCAGUCGUAAAAACUUAUCAACCCUCUGCGCAUCGAGUCAUAAUUGGUAGUCAGCUCUUAAGUCUUGUCCUUUUUACGUGUAUACUCGGUGCUGCCGCAGCUCGCUUUAAUUUAUGAAUGAUUUACAGCUUCUCAGCCAUGUCCACGGGGAAGCGUCUUCACGGCAGCAGCGGCGGCCUUGUUCCAUCCAAGUCUACUGUGUAUGUUAGCAAUUUGGACUUUAGUCUCACCAAUAAUGAUCUGCACACCAUCUUCAGUACCUUUGGCAAGAUUGGCAAGGUUACAAUCGUGAAAGAUAAACAAACAAGAGAAAGCAAAGGCGUAGCAUUUAUCUUGUAUGCCUCUCGUGAUGACGCUCAUGCAGCGGUGAAGACCAUGAAUGGCAAAAUAUUGAAUAAAAGGACAUUGAAAGUUUCGAUUGCUGAGGAUAAUGGUCGAGCCAAGGAGUUUAUUAGACGCCGGGAGUACAAAGACAAGAGUCGAUGCUAUGAAUGUGGAGAAGGCGGUCACCUCUCCUAUGAGUGCCCUAAAAACCUGUUAGGUUCAAGGGAACGGCCAGUAGCCAAAAGGAAACGAGGGGAACAAACAAGGCAUGAUGGUGACUCUAGAAGAGAUCUUAAUGAGAGUGAUGAAGAAGUUGAUGAAACUCAGUUUGAGGACGAUGAUUGGGCAUCUGCCGUCGCCUCAACGGGUAUGGUCCCAGCAGCAGAUGGUAACGUAUCUCACGGUCAUGCAACAACUUCAAGAGUAUUGAGGGGUCCCAAAAAGAAAGCAGGCUAUUUCAGUGAUGAAGAUGCCAGUGGAGAUGAAUCUUGACUCGUGGGUUUCAAUGAUUUCAGUUUGCACGUCGUUGCUAUUUGGGGAUUUUGUCUUCAGUUCUAUGUGAUGUACCUGAUAGUAUAUUGAGGCUGGAAUGGAGAACGAAAAUUUAAAUCUGACAUAUUCGGUAGAGAAUGCUUUUUACUGGUGCUAGCGAAGUAUCAAACCAGAAUUACAGUUCUUUUGAGAAUUCAAGUCUAAGUUGGAUGAUCAUGUUAAUGAAUUCGCCGUUGAGGUAGAAGUAGAAGUAACAAAGUUGGGCCCUCUCUUUCAUCUGUGUAAUGGUAAUGCAUGAAGAAGGAAGUUACAAACGACUGCUAAAUGCUUCAGUUGAGACUCGUGGGAGUACACUCCAGGGAUUAGUAGCCAUUAAAAUAAAUUUCUUCCAAUUUUUACAUGUAGAUUAUAUAUAUAUGUGAUUAUGUUUUCAAACUCCUAAUAAAUAGCUUUCAUUCUAA